AAGGCGAACGAUUCCGUAGUUUGUUAUAUGAAUAAAAAAAAAGGCGUGGAGCAGUGGCCGCGGCGUGGAUGGUCGUGUGGUGGGUCGUCUGACGCUUUCCCAGAUGACUCCUCAAAGAUGUUGUUUGGAUGAUUGUAUGGCAGUGAUAACGAGAAUGUAGGUGUGGUCCUCGUAGUAGCGGCUGGAGGAGUCCAACACACUCACUAUAAUGCUUCCAGCUUCUGAUAUGCUUCCUCUGCAAGAUGAAGCAGUGACUAUAGAACCCCAGUAUGAUGGUGUCAUCAUGUUAAGUCCUGAGGCUGUAUUGUUUAGUGAUGCAAAGCCCCGUCCUGAUGGUAGUAAAGUCUAUCAUGUAUUUGAACGGACUCUUGGGGACCCACCACGAGAUGAGGCAACACAGAGUGAGGACUUCCAGUCCAGACGAGAGCAGCUUUUCUCUCAAGCGCAUGAGAAUACUCUUCAUGACAUACAACAGGUGCUUGCAGAGAGUGGAUUAGUCAAUCAGGAGUGGUGUGAGGCCAGUGGUGUUGGUGAAGCUGCUGAUAGUACAUCUGUGCCAACUACCAAUGCUGCCUCUGCUUAUCAGAUAAAUGAUCCUAACUUCCAGACCCCUGCAGGACAAACUCUCACGAAUUCUAAUCACCGGACAUGUUUAACAAGACAUCAGCGAUUAACACCAUGUAGGCUUCAUCAGUUUGAGAUGGUUUUUCCAAAUGAGCAGAAACGUCGACUUCUCAAACGUUUACGACGCAAAGGAAUGGGGUAUGUAGAAUUUGAGCCAGAAAACCACCGUAUCAAUAUCAAAACUCGGAAAUCUGUAAAUACAAUUUUAUCCGUUCUCCGUGGAGUGGAUCCAAAUGCUCGGCAUUUGGGAACGUGUCGGGACACUUUAAUAGAAGAGACUGUUGAGCCUGAUUCCAGUGAGAUUAUGGAUGGUUUAUAGAAUUAGGAAAGGUGCUAGUGUGAGAGAUAUAAAUGGCAGUAUAAUACAGUACAGGAUCGUCAGUACUUUAGCAUUCACAAGAAUAACCAAUACAUUAUUAUGUUUGUUGUUUUGUCUAGAUUCAUUUGUUGUUCUCUUAGUGCUUAGUCAUAAACCCUAAACCUGUGUUUAAGAGGUCUAUUUGAUCUCAAUGAUGCACUGGCAGCACAUGUAUACAUCUCAUUAUGUUUUAUCAUUUCUUCUAUGCAGACUACUUUUUGGACAAUAUAUAUGGUCUACUUAUGGCUGAAGCUUAAGUACAAUAAAAGAAGAGGAGCACAAAGGGCAUUAGAAAUGUAAUAGGCACAAAUGAUCAUGGGGACUAUGGAAGAAUCAAUAGAAUUUGUAGUUGAAUGUAUGUUCACUGCAUGAGUGGGAAGUCUUCUAUUAAACCUGUACUGGGUAUUGCAAAAUUUCACUGCAUUUUGAAUAUAGGCCCUGUUGCUACUAAUAAUUUGCAUGUCUCUUCUUUGCAUUAGAUAUGUGUAUCUCCAUUGCUCUAAUGACCAAUGUUGAAAAUUGAUUCUCAAGUGAUUCAUUAGUUUUUGUAAAGAAUAACUUAAUUUUUUUUAUAAAAAAUCACAGUUUUUCACUAUUUGCACACAAAUAGGCGCACAUAAUUGGAUUAUAGUAGAUCGUACAUGUUAGGAAGUUGAAUUUGUUGGAAUUUGCUUUACUGUCUAGUUUAAACAAUAAAUUUUUUAUGUAUUUUGAACACUCAGGUGAUUUGCUAUUUGUUGAGAAAGUAUUCAUUUACUGUAUAUACUUUUUUCUAUUUCUCUAAAAUUCAGGAUGCUCACCUCAUUUGAAAUUUUGUUUUCUGGGUAUGGCCAGAGCUACAGGGUACCUAAAAUCUCAUGUUCUUAAUGUCAUCUAGUCAUGUCUGUUUGCUUCUACAGCCUUACUGAACACUAUGAAAAGCACAUUAGUUAUUAUAGUUGUACCUUAUUUUGGGGGGAUACUGCCAGGAUAGCUGGGCUUUUAUGGCCAUUGGCCCUAUGCUGAAUAAUCUGUGAAAUCCCAGGCAUAGGAUGUGAUCAAUUAGCUGGAGGACAUAGUCAUGUAAAUAAUAAAAUUACUAUAAAACAGCUCUUCAUCCAGUCAAGCCAGGGACCUUUUGAGGUAUUAAAGAGUGUGGUGUACUGUAUGCUUACAUGGUCAGUACCACAUUUAGUUCAGGAGUAAAAUGCUCAGCAAUCCACUGCACCUUGUAUCCUGAACCAUGAUUGUGAGCUCGACAGCCAACAUUUAGCUUGGGUCAGGGUGUAAGCCAACCUUCACCAGUAUGCCAGUCAUUUUACCUUAGCAGUUGCCACAAUGCUUCCUGUUCCCAAGGAUAUUCUAAGCUCAGUGGUGUACAAAUAACAUACAUACAGUGUCACCAUGAUAUAGAGAUGUCUCCCAUAACUAAGAUAAUUUCCACCCUCCACUGACAUUCAUUAACACUUCCUCUGUACCAUCAACAAGUAUCAGUAUCCUUGAAAUUACUAUACUCUCUACUGUUGUCUCAUGGAAUUCAACAUUUAAAAAGGAGUCUUAGAUCAUCUGCUACUUAUAGCAAAUGAGCUGUUAUUCAUAUACUGUAAUUAAUAUUCUUGGACCUUUCAUGUUCUUGAGACAUAAGGGGUCAAUAAAGAUUUCUAGACCUUGAGCAUGUCUUCUGUGGAUCAGAAGUCUUAAAUGACUACAAUAAUGCAAUGAGGCUGAACUUCGAUGUGGAGAUGUGGUUUUAGUCCACAUACAUUGACAGACUUGAGGAGUUUCCAUUUACUGGAGGCUGGAGCUUUAAAAGAAAGGAAUGGUAUGCUUCUUGUUUGAGUACCAAACAAUAAUUUUGAAACUGUAUGAAGUUCUUAUUGGAUUAGGUUCUGAGUGAUUUUAUGCAUUGUAUCUUUGGAUGAUUGAUCUUUACUUAACACGUAACUAAUUUCCAGAUUUCUUAAGGGCUAAGAAAGUCUAGGUAAUGCCAAGUUAUAUUAUUAAGGUAGUGGUUAAAAUAGGAGACUAAGGGGGAAUAUGAGAUUUUCACAGAGGUUACUUCUGUUUUUCAUGAUUAUUAGUAUGAUUUAUCAAGGGCCUUUGUGUCAGGGUGAUAUGUUUUACCUUUUGCUCUGCUUACUAAACUGAACUUUUUGUAUUGGGAGACUGGAAAAGGUUAGGCUUGUACAGUUUGUGAAAGUCAAGGAUUUUUUAUUAAAUUAUUUGUGGAAGAUUUCUUUUGCAUUGAAAUGGUGGAAGAUUAUAUAAUGUCUCAAGGUGGCAGACCAUCCAGGCACAGACUUUAUGGCUAUUGGAAGUAACAAAUGUUUGUCUAAGUUCUGCUUACUUAUUAGUUGGUGUGCAUUUGUUUAGGCAUGACCUUCGCCUUCCAAUACUCAGCUGAUCCUAGAUCUCGUAGGUCAUUCACUCAAUAGCUGGGGGCCAUAAAUGAAGGCAUGAAAGACAAAAUUCCAAUUUUAUGGCUGAAGGUUGAAAUGAGUGAUGUAGAUUAGCUCCCUCAUCCGAAAGAUUCACACUGGAUCAGUUCAAUCUGUGGGAUUUCAUCUCUAAAGCCCACCAUUAAGUUUCAGGGAUUUAUAAGAUGCAUUGGGAUGUUGAAAGUUGAACUCCUGACCUAAACUCUUCAUUCAUGACAACAUUGGAUAUCUAAACACUUUCCUACAUACCUGUAGUGUGAAGCGAGCCAGCAGUCCCCCACUCAUAUGGGAGUGAGUUGCCAGUUAGUGCAUCAAUAUUUCCGUCCGGGCUAUCAUUAAAUUUAUGGCACUAAAAACUUAGAGCAAAAUGUUUAUGUAAUUUCUAAAUGGGAUACAAUUUUCACCAAAAAAUGUACAUUUAUAAAUUAUUUUAUGUUUUUAACAUGCAUUAGUUAUAACAUAUUUUCAUUAUACUACCAGUAUGUGCAUUUCAACUCACUGUGGUGAAUAUCAACUCAAAAAUAUCUUUGCAACUAAUAAUAAAUAAUUGGUCUUUCACCCAGAAAACAUACAAUUAUUAAUUAUUUUAUGUUUUGAUCAUGCAGCAUAAUAUAUUUUCAAUAUACUUUGUGCAUUUCAACUCUGUGGUGACCAUUGACUCAUAAAACUUAUAUUCUUACUGGAGUGCAGGUAUCUGGAGUCCUGGUAGCCGGCAGAUUCAACUAAGUCGCGCCAAAAUGAAAAAAAAAACAAUAAAAAUU